AAUCAACUAUGCUCUCUUUCUUUUUUAUCUUGAAAGCGCACGGAAAAGUUUUGUUUCUUCUUUUAUUUUAAGAGUUUAGUAGAGAAAUGGCGGCCAAUGUUGUUUUGACGCUGGGUGUGGGCGUGUCACUACAGCAUUUCUCGCACGUUUAAUGUUCGUCAAUAGAAUCUUAGACAAAGUUGAAUUACAAAACGACUCAAUUAUCUUAAAUAUUUCGACAAUAAGUUUGCUACACGUGCAUUAUGCUACACCAUAUUACAUAAACUAAAAUUGAUUUAAAUGACAAAUACGGAAUUAUUCGAAGCGCUGGUAGUGAAUUAAAUGUUAGUUAAACAAGCAAUUCAAAUAAACCGUAGAUUUGUGUCGAAAUAUAUUCAAUAAAUGUUAAUUCUUAUAAACUUGGAAGAUUUAGGUUUGUCUUUAUUCUCCUUAACAUGAGCGCGAGGAGAAUUGAUAUUAUGACGUCAUUAUUAUUGGCGGACGCGACCACGUGGUCUACGGUUGAGUACGGUGGUUACGUCAUUGCGUAUACGUCACUUUUUUUAUUUAAAUUUGUUGGUUUAACACAAAAAAAUGGGAUUGUUGCGUCAUCAAUGGUACAAUAGUAACAUUAGAAACUUGAAAUUUAAAUUUUAUUUGUAAGUUAUUAUGUUAGGUGGAAUAUGAUUCUGUUAAUAUGCUUGUGGCAGCAAAAUAUAUUGCAGACGGUUCUUGUGCUUGGUGUAUGGACCAUCAUGCAUGCAUUCUUUAUGUUCAGUCUCAGCCAUAUUACAGUGACUGGUCAUAUGUCAGGGUGUUGUGAUCAGAAAGGUGCGAAGAUAGUAGGACCAUGCAGACUUCGCAUGGUACAGUCGGUCAGGGCUCUCUUGGAUUUCUCCCAUUCAACAAUUAUAACUCUGUGGGCGUUAUAUUUGUUGGCGACACAACAAGACGACGUAGAGUCUCACGCUUUUCUUUAUCUAAUAUCGUUUGGUUUCUAUUUGUACGAGUCAUACUGGAAUGUUAAAGAUGUUUUUGCCGCAGAGUCCAACCAUUCUCAUCCGCAUGGUGGCGUUGGGGGAAAUGAAUCGUCCACCCUUCGCUUGCUCCAAAACGUUUUGUCCGCCAUCAUCGUCGCCCUCGGUUUUCGCGCGGUUUCCAAGGAAAUGUCAAGUUGGCGAAACUCGGUGGUUCCCCUGCUGAUGGACCUUCACCCUACGUCAUCAUGGAAUUCCCCUUCCCACACCCAACGUAAAGCUCUGGCAAAUCACUUGCUGUCAAAGCCAUCUGGUAUAUGCGGCCUUAUAACAAUGAACUUGAUGGUGCAUGAAGUACCGGGUUUGUUCAAAUCGAUGUUGAAGUUGUACAGAAUAUCCACUUUCAACAACGACCGCUUGAAACAACGAUCGUGGCUUCCGGGUAGCGUGGGAAACAACAAUGACGUAGCAGCUUCGUUGGGCGCUCAUGCGUGGCGGAGGGAACAUGACGCAAUAAAGACCGAUAGAGGGGCCAUUGAAACAAUGUUAUCUGGAGUUCAUCGAAUAUCUUUUAUAUUCAUCCGCGUUGUUGGAGGAUUUCUUUCGCUUGGAACUAUCUUGACCACGGAAUCACUAGUCCGUGACACACCCUACGUCACAGUGGCCAUGGUCUACCACGGGAUGGCGGUAUAUUUACUGGGGGGAAUAAUAACCGCUGCAGCAGCCUGGACGUCAAACCACGAUUUAAGACGAAGUUCGUCCUGGCGAGAUGGCCGUCGUUGAAUAAAGCAUCAACGAAAAUACGCGUGGCAAUUACUCAGUUAAUCACAAAAGAUGUUUAAAAUAAAGUUGUCGCAACAAAAACUGCCCCGACCCGGGAUUGAACCAGGGACCUUUAGAUCUUCAGUCUAACGCUCUCCCAACUGAGCUAUCGAGGCAGAAGUGGCCAGUACGGGGAUCGAACCCGCGACAUUCGCGUUAUUAG